AUGUCUAGCAGAAGGUCAAGAUCAAGGCAAUCAGGAAGUUCAAGAAUAACUGAUGAUCAGAUCGAUGAUCUUGUUACCAAAUUGCAGCAACUUCUUCCUGAGAUUCGUAACAGACACUCCGAUAAGGUUUCAGCUGCCAAAGUCUUACAAGAUACUUGCAACUACAUUAGAAGCUUGCAUAGAGAGGUUGAUGAUCUUAGCGAGAGACUAUCUGAGCUACUAGCAACAACCGACAGCGCCCAAGCUGCCAUAAUCCGCAGUUUACUUAUGCAAUAGAGUUAAGGCUAAUCGAUUUUAUUAGAGUUCAGUACGUUUUGUAAUAGGGUGCUUCUCUACCUUUUUCUUAUCCCUUUGCAUUUCCCUUUGUCCUUUUUAAUCUUAGGGCUUUGUUACUAGCUAAGAACCUAGUUGAA